UAAAAGAAUACGUUGAAAUUUCAGAGUGCCGCACUACGAGCAGAGACUACGAUCUCUUCAUUACAAAAAGAAAUUCGCUGCCAGCAUUGCGGAAUUAACACCGAGAAUGCGCGCGGUGCUCGAAGCUAGUCGACAGGUGGCCAGGUCUCGGCGACUCAGAAAACUUCUGGAAUUGGUCUUAGCUUUAGGGAAUUAUGUAAAUCGCGGGAACGCUCGUGGGAAUGCCUGCGGCUUCCGCUUGGCUUCCUUGAAUCGUCUAGUCGAUACCAAAUCGUCUUGCUCAAAAGGCACGACAUUACUGCACUAUUUGGUUCAAAUUCUCGAGUCUAGGUUUAGGGAGGUAUUAGAUAUCGAGGAGGACAUGCCUCAUGUUCGGACCGCAGCUAGAGUUAGCAUGGCCGAUCUACAGAGAGAGGUGGCUAAUUUGAAAAACGGUCUUCAGGACGUCCAGAGGGAGAUAGAAUUCCACCGUGGCCAAUCUCAGGUACUUCAAGGGGACAUGUUUUUACCAGCAAUGAGAGACUUUCAAGCACAGGCUACAUGCAGAUUAGCGGAAGCGGAGGAUUUGUUCCAAGAUAUGAAGACUAGAUUCGAUCGGGCAGUAAGGCUCUUUGGUGAAGAUUCAGCAGGCGUUCAGCCAGAUGAAUUCUUCGGCAUUUUCGAAAACUUCCUACAAGCAUUAGCCGAAGCCAGACAAGACGUAGAAAAUAUGAGAAAGAAGAUAGAAGAGGAAGAACGGAGGGCAAAGCAGGAGCAAGAGCUUCGGAAGAGAACGAUGGAAAGGAAGAACUCUCGCGAAGGAAUAUUGAACAGUAUCUCGUUGAGCAAAAAGAACGAGGCGAAUAGCAAUGGACAAAAUGACAAUAAGGGUGAAUUCGAUGACUUGAUAUCAGCCCUUCGAACCGGGGACGUGUUCGGAGAGGACAUCGCGAAAUUUAAAAGAUCAAAACGCAGGCCUGUGACGCCGAGCGGCCAAGAAUCGCGUAGACACAGCGCGCACAGAGAAGAUUCCAGAGAAAGACAUUGAAAUCUUUUCUGGACUAACAACUAGUGACUUUAACGUCGCGCAAACGAUUUUACGAUUUAAACAAUAUGUGAUAGAAAGGAAAUACGAAUGUUGCGUUGAAGAAAAUCAAUUCCCCUCACGGGGACGGAGGAGAGAAUCGAAAUAACCGAUACGUUAAGUAGGGAACGUGUAAAUAAAGUAAAAAUGUGAAGACUGCGAAGCUUUCGCUUUUCGUCAAUUUUAUAUAAAAGUCAUCGAUUAAGUAGUAUUAUUUUCAUACGCGAUUUCUAUUUGAUUCAUUAUCUCAAAAAGUUGUCUUCCUCAUAAAUUCGUACGUAAAUACGUAUAAUCGUAAUUCAUUUGGUGCAUUAUGUUUCGUGAAAGUUAUUCGAUUUUAAAUCGACAAAUUUACGUGCACUACGUUUCCUCUCAAUAGAAUUUCACUGUUUUGUUGUUGCAAUUAUCUUCACACGUUGUCCGACACUAUGUUCAUAAGAAACAUAGGAAAGAAAUAUUCAAACAUACAAAAUGCAACGCAAUUUUAUUGUCGAACCAGAAAUGAUGUUUUAACACACCUACUAAAUUUUUCAAUGUCUUUUUUCACGUGAUUUGAAGUUGAAUAGAAUUUUGUUUUCACGUCGUCAAUUAAAAUCGUGUGACAUUGUGUAAAAAUUUAAAAAUCGAAAAACUGAGCGAAAACAAGUUUGUACAUUGUUAAAAGAGUUUGAGUUGCGAGUCAGGCAAGGGUUUCGAGCGGUAACUUUCUGUAUAUAGUCAUUACAAGUUUGUUUGCAGUCCAUGCUGACGGCAGUAAUUCGCAAAGAAACUUCAACAAAGAAACAUCGCAGCGAUCGGACCAAGGAAAGAUAACAAACAAUAUGAAAAGGCAACGCGAUAUCCUAAAUACGAUAGACUUGUUACAAUUUUAGAAAGACUUCGAUUUUCAUACAUCGACGAAACUUCUUACCAAAAAAUUCAGAUCCUUUUUAAGAGAGCAACGCGCUCUUUUUAUAUGUAUACUGAGAAACAUGCAAUACCAAUAGGGGCUUUUGGGGUGUAUUUCUAUUUCAACCCCGCGGAACUAACAAGUCUGAUUUUGUAUUUUAGAAAAGGACCUAAGCAUUGAUUAGAUUAUUUAGGAAUUUGUUAAAAAUUGAUCGUUGAUGAAAUUCGUGCUAGUUUUCGAUGUGUAGACCAGAGAAAGCGAUACGAUUAGACAAGAGUUCGUUGUAUAGUAGUCGAUGUUUUGUAAGCUUUUGUAUUUUUGUAAAUAUUCAGUAUCGAUGUCUCGUUCUUGUUGACGGCGACAGCCUUACAAGAAUUAACGUUCAGUUAAUAUAUUACAGCGUCCUUAAUGUCACAUGUAUUAAUAUAUAAAAAAUAUACCGAAUAAACGUGAAAUUCAAAUUA